GUCACUGAACACCCACCAUCUCCACGAUAUAAGAGUUGUCAAUCAGACCAGAGUGAUAUUGAAUGCGGCGGCCUUUAACCUUGCAUUGAACCAAGGUGAAGACUUUCACAACUCAUACACUACAGGGGCUGGUACGUGUAGAGUGCACUCGACAUUGUGGCUCGAGUGACCCUUCGCCAACCUUGCGAGGUUCCUUUCUGCUUGGUUUUCACGAUCGCAUGAGGGUGCAGCUGAACAGAUGAAAAGAAUCCUGCGCAAGAUAAUACACAUAUUCAGCGAAAAAGAAUCAAUUGCACGACACACGAGUUAAACAUGGCGGACCUCCUUUACGACUUGCUGUCCCCUUCUUUCUCAGGGGAUCCAUCAUCCAGGCCGGCGCCCGAUUCAAGCUCACUCGAGUAUCUCACCAGUCUCUCGUCACAACCUCUCACAGCCCUGGAGACAACCGAGCCACAAGCCCUCGCCCAGACAUCGCAUGGUCUCCUUCUAUCCAUCCAGGCUCUUUCAAAGAAGUCUCACAAGCAAGUCAUCGAAUCAGCAACCCACCACUCCACCCUGCGCACCAGCCUACCUGCCCUAGCAGCCAGCACCGCCGACCUGCGACAUUCCAUCCCCAAGCUUGAUCACGAAGCCGUCCGCUUCUCGACGAACUACAGCAAGUCCAGCGAGAGCGAUGUUCUCCUCCGACGCAAAAAGGCACUCUUGCUCUCUCGGAAUGUCGAGCGGCUUGUCGACGUGCUGGAGCUGCCCAACCUUCUAUCAACAGCCAUCUCCACUGCCCCAGUCAACUACUCCUCUGCCCUCGACCUAAACGGCCACAUUCGCCGUCUGCACUCACUUUACCCGGACUCACCUCUCGUCACCUCCAUCGCCGCCCAGGCAGAUGAGGCCAUGCGCACCAUGGCCGCCAACCUCAUCCAAAGUCUCAAAUCCCCAGGUCUCAAACUAGCUGCUUCUCUACGCACGAUUAGCUGGCUUCGGCGCGUUCUUCCUGACCUAGAGGCUGCCGGCACAAGCAAGGGUCACGACUCUCAAGAACGGGUGCUGGGGGCCCUCUUCUUGGUCUGCCGACUAGCGACGCUGGUAAACAUGCUCGACGCCUUGGAACCAUUACGUGACUUGGCCGACCAGGAGAAGGCGAGGCAAAAGGCGAUUGGAAGCGGGAAUGCCUGGUCGGGCGGGCAGCAAACGGAACGCUAUCUCAAGCGGUACAUUGAGAUCUUCCGUGAGCAGAGCUUCGCGAUUGUGAGUAUGUUUAGGAGCAUAUUCCCUCCUGCUGCCCCAAAGGGAAAUGGAAACGAAAAUUUGGAUGAUCCGUUGAAGCAACAAGAUGCGCUGGAGCCCAUGCCGGCUGCGUUGGCGACGUUUCCGCUGCACCUGGUGGAUAUGUUAUUGGAGACACUGAGACUGUAUUUGCCCACAGUGAAGGAUCAGGCCUCAAGGGAUAGUUUGCUGACGCAGGUCCUUUACUGUGCCGGAAGCUUGGGAAGGCUGGGAGGCGACUUUGGACUGUUUUUGGCCAGUCUGGAUCUUGGACCGGAAGCGGAGGAGGAGUGGGUGGAGGUUGUGAAGAGACAUAGGGCUUUGGCUGGAAGGCUGGAGUCGAUUGUGGGGGAUCAGAAGAAAUAAGAAGACCGCCUGGAUGAACACCCAAUCUACCAAUAUUCAACUAAACUAGAGCUUUUCGGCCCGAGACUUACACUUAAUACAACCAAGAGAGGUUGAAAGUGGGCCUACCUUAACUUGAGGCCGCUUCCGGGGCCCCGGCCUGUUCGGUCUGUGGUGGAACCAGUUAGCGGCCCCGCAGCGGCAGGGUGGAGAGAGACCGUUCCCGAACAGCGGGGCAGUUCCGAAAAAAAAUAAUCGGCGACUCCCAUGCCGUCAUACUUGGAAUUAUUUGUCCCUGCCGUUCCGGCAACAGCAUCCUUCCCGGUAGCUUCUUCCCUCCACAUCCACGGCAAAUCUCAACAC